AUGCAGAAAAAAAAUCGUGAUAUAAAAAAGCUUGCAUAUUCUUUUGCGAUCCAACAAAAUAUUCCACAUAAUUUUAAUACCGAACGAAAAAGGGCAGGUCAAGACUGGUUUCUCGCCUUCAUGAGACGACAUCCUGAACUGGCAGUACGUAAGGCUCAAGGAAUGUCUACUGCCAGAGCCAAAGGCAUGACGAGACAAGAAUGUACCCAAUAUUUCGAACUACUAGGAAACGUUUUGGGAGAAAAUAAUUUAUUAAAUAAGCCUCAAAACAUUUUUAAUGUCGAUGAAACUGGAUUGCAGUUAAAUAAUAAUCCAGGCAAAGUUGUGGUAACUAAAGGCACUAAAAUGGUAAACUGUAUUACGAGUGCUGAAAAGGGAGAAACUAUUUCCGUUAUAACGUGUGUAAACGCAGAAGGCAGUUUUUCCCACCCUGUUGUAUAUUCAAAGGGAAAAACAAAAAAAAGGAAUUUGAAGAUGGUCUACCACCUGGAGGAAAGGUUGUUAUGGGCGAGAAGUCAGCUUAUGUCACAUCUGAAAUUUUUUUCCAAUAGUUUCGUGAAUUUUUUGUUCCGCGGAAAGGUGCCGGAAGAAGUAAAAAGAACAAAAUUAAAACAAAAAGAAGAACGGAAAAAAACGCAAAGUAUUGUUGAGCAUAGGAAGAAAACGGUAGUUCCAAAAAAGAAAACUAAAAAAUCACCAAGCCCGAAUUCGUCAGACACCGAAACCGAGGUAGUAACCCAAGAAAGCGACGAUUCAGAAAUCGAUACUGAUGAGUCAGAAUUUUGUUCAGCAUGUCAUGGCUUUGCAUUCAGAUAUCAAAACGAACCGAAAAUUCAUGAAGACAUUGUUUGUGACAAUGCAUAUGAAUGA